AUGCCCUCCUCUGUGAAGGUCACAAAGGACUCAGUCUGGACCCUGCGGCUUGCAGGGGCCAGGCUGCUGGUGGCAGGUGUGUGCUUCUGGCGGCUAGAGGUCGGGAAGCAUGUGAGUCGGGCUGGCGAGCGUUCUGUGCUCGGUGCUGCUUGUUUGCGCAAGGACAGCUUCAGGAGGGGAAUAGACGACAGAAUUUCGCUAAAGAAAAUCCAGCAUCUAUUAAGGUCCUUGAGAAGUGUGCGGUGGUGGACGCUCCGAAGUGAAGGAUGGAGGCAUCGUUGUCCACAUCUUCCUACGAAGAUUUAUGAUAAAAUAGAGAAACCAUGUCUCCUCACCGAGUACAACGAGAAUUAUCCUAUCUAUGAGUCUUACCUACCCAGAGAUUCCUUUAAGCCCAGGAGGGUUUACCAGAAGAGGUCCAUACCAAUGGAAGGCCUGACCACAUCCAGGAGAGAUUUUGGGCUUCACAAAAUGGCACCAGUGGAAUUCCAUCAGCCUGACCCGUACGUUCCAAGUGAAGAGAAUAUGGAUUUACUCACAACAUAUAAACAAGAUUUUAACUAUGUCCCUGUUUGUCAAGUUGGUGCCAUCAAACCUCGGGACAGUAAAUUUCCAAAUGGUGACAAGACACAGUAUCUGCCUACUUACAAAGUUGAUUAUUUACCUUGGAACCAACCAAAACGAGAGCUUCUUCGUCCGCCACACAACUUCCGGCCAGAAUCUACCAGGUUUGAAAACAGAACCACACAUCAAGAUGAGUAUACUAUGAAAGGCCUUGUGACUACUGUGAGCUGUAAGCCUGUGAUCAAACCAAAGCUCUGUAACAUCCCCUUGGAGGACCUGACUAACUACAAGAUGAACUACGUGCCCCACCCUGUGGAGAAGCGCUUUGUUAGAGAGCCUGAGAAAUUUAAACCCUGUGAAAUCCCCUUUGAGAACCUGACCACCCACAAAGAGUCCUACCGAGGUCUCCUAGGGGAGCCUGCCAAGAUCUCAAAACCUCCAGCCAGGUACCCUUCUCAAGAAAUACCUUUCUCAAACACCACUGAGUGUCAAGAGAAAUACCAAGCUUGGGCAACACCCCAGAUAGUCCCUAAGACUCCUGUUACAUAUGUCCCUCCUGAGGAGAAGAUGGAUCUUCUGACAACUAUGCAGAGCCAUUACAGAUACCGUAAGGGGACCCCUGCUCAAUCUUGCCGACCUGUGCUUUCCAUUAAGAAGAGCAGCCGCUUUGACAGUUCCACCACCACCAAGGAUGACUACAAGCAGUGGGAAGCUGUGAACACAAAGCCAGUCAAACCUGUUCCUCAUCUGACCUUGCCUGUUGAACCUUUGGACUACCAGACUACCACUAAGAUCUGCUAUGUGCCCCACCCGCCUGUCACUACUAAAAAUUACAAGCCCCCCUGGGCUGGCCCUCGAAGAAACAUCCCUGUGGAGGGUCAGACUACUUACUCCAUUUACUUUACUCCCAAGGAAAUGGGCAGGUGCCCAGCAUCAUACAUAGAGCCCCCUGGCUACAUCUUUGAGGAAGUGGAUGCUAUGGGACACAAGAUAUAUAGGGCAGUUUCUCAGACAGGUUCUGGGCAGAACAGCUGUCUCUCUCUAUAUGAUGCAGAGAAGUCUGGCCAGAAGGAACUGGAAGUGUCAGCCUGACUUUGAAAAAUUAUUAAAAAAUUGCACAGUACCUUUAAAAGCAGACACCUAAAAAUUACUCACUGAAGAAGAAUUUCCCAAAACAACAACAAAAAUUAAAGCACCUACCUCAGAAUGAAAAAUGUUAUUACCAACUCCAGGGUAUCUGAAUAACAUGAGAACCACUUGAAUAAAGGAAAAUGAACUGUACACAUUGGCUGACUGGCCCCCUUUAGCUCUCCUUCUACAGUUAAUCUCUAACCCCUUCAGGUCCCUUUUGUUUAUGGAAUCAAAGAGGAUAUCAGUGACAUUUCUGUGAUCUUGAUGUAAUGUAAUUAUUGUAUGAGUUGAU